GGGUACGGCCAUUUCGAAUUUUGCCAGCACAGAUUGUAUCGAUAACGUGCCUCUCCUCAAUUAGCUAUCGCUGGUUCCUCCGACCCCUCUUCCUCCAUUGAAGGACCAUCUCCGGCAACCGACAACGGUCACAACAAAAGCCGGCGAAUCUGGCAAGAUAUCGAGCGCGCCGCCCCCUUCCCGACCCUGAACCACUGCCAUCUGUUCGGUCCUCGGUUCGUUUGAAGCCACGUUAGCUCGGCCGUCUAACGCAGCUUGACCUCCCGAACCGCUUGCGACCGACCGACCAGGCCGACCCUCGCCUCCGCCAGCGCCACAACUGAGCCCAGCAACCACACCCUGAGAGAGAGUCGACGGGUUCCUAAACCCCAAAGAACACAAAGAUGUCGGAAGCCUACGAGCGCGAGCGUCAGAACAACGCUCGCCUGGACGAGCUCUCAGCCAAAGUGUCGGCGCUGCGGGGCGUGACCAUCGACAUCUACGACUCGGCUCGCUCCCACGAGGUGAUCGACUCGACCAGCGAGACGUUUUCUUCGAUGGGGAGCCAGCUCAGAGGCUCCGCCAGCCGAUUAGGCCGCAUGGCGGCGGCGGGGAACAAGGUUGCCAUCUUCAAGCUGUCUACCAUCAUCAUUGGAAGCGUGCUGGUCCUGUACUAUAUCUGGAGGCUGCUCUUCUAGGUCGGGCGUACGCGAGAUAUCUGAAACGAAAAGCGGGAUUGGGCGCCCGACCGAAAAGUCUUAGAGAGAGCGCCUGGUGCUUUCCUCCUUCGUCGGAAGGUGUUUUUCUUCAAGAUGUGGUUUGAGAGGGCAUGGAUUAGUAUUGCUGAAGCGCAGCGCGGUGUACGGGCAUGAUUUUGGGAAUGUACCAAUUUGUGCUGGCUUGUUUUGGCUAACUCGGGAUUUGCACAUUGUCAUGACUGGGCGUUGGGGUGUCGAUUUCUGGUACUGCUUGAUGGAAGGGGAGAGUAAUACACAUUAUAUACCCACAUGUUCAGGGCUUAGCUGUAUGUUCAAUUGAUAGAAUUUUGUUUU